AUCGCAAGGAUGUGGACUGUCCCUUCCUGUUUUAGUGCCGAGAGAGCCACCGUACCGACUCACACUGGAGCAGGAAUACAGGCACUCAUAACGCGAUUAUGCCUGGAUUUUCGCUGUGUUUGUCAAAGGCACGGAGUUGUAUUUUCCGUCGCGGGCUAUACAGGGUUAUAUAUUAGGGAACGCUGCUAUGUUAUUCUCCGGGUAGCUGGUAACAUAGCAGGCCUGUUUAUUGCGCUGCCAACCCUUUUUUGCUUUCCCAUGAUUGUCCUCCCCUUUUCACACUCUCAUGGCGGAGACUAAAAUAAUAUAUCACAUUGACGAGGAGGAGACUCCUUAUCUGGUCAAACUGUCUGUUCCUCCGGAGAAAGUCACAUUAGCGGAUUUUAAAAAUGUCCUCAACAAUCGGCCGGUCAACAGCUACAAAUUCUUCUUCAAAUCCAUGGACCAGGAUUUUGGGGUCGUCAAAGAAGAAAUCUCUGAUGACAACGCCAAGCUGCCAUGCUUCAACGGGAGAGUAGUGUCCUGGUUGGUCCUGGCAGAGAGUGCACACUCUGAUGGAGGAUCUCAAUGCACGGAGAGCCAUCCAGAACUUCCCCCACCCCUCGAGAGAACAGGGGGCAUCGGGGACUCACGGCCCCCGUCCUUCCAUGCCAAUGCAGUGAGCAGUCGUGACGGCCUGGACACAGAGACUGGUACAGAGUCUCUCCUAAGCCACCGCAGAGAGCGAGAGAGAGAGCGCGCACGGAGGAGAGCUCGAGAAACUGAGCUCCCUCGCAUCAAUGGUCACUCCAAAUCAGAGCGCACUGCAAGGGACUCGGCCAUGGGUUACGACAGUGCCUCGGUAAUGAGCAGUGAGCUGGAGUCCAGCUCAUUUGUCGACAGUGAAGAAGAUGAGGAUGCUAGCAGACUCAGUAGUUCCACAGAACAGAGUUCGUCUUCACAGCUGAUGCGCAGACACAAACGGCGCAGACGGAGGCACAAAGUGGCAAAGAUCGACCGGUCAUCGUCUUUCAGCAGUAUCACAGACUCCACGAUGAGCCUAAACAUUAUCACCGUCACACUAAACAUGGAAAAAUACAACUUCCUUGGUAUCAGUAUUGUCGGUCAGAGUAAUGACCGGGGGGACGGCGGUAUUUACAUCGGCUCUAUCAUGAAGGGAGGAGCUGUAGCUGCUGAUGGCAGAAUAGAACCUGGAGACAUGCUACUACAGGUGAAUGACGUCAACUUUGAGAACAUGAGCAAUGAUGACGCUGUGAGGAUCCUGAGAGAGAUUGUUUCCAAAACUGGUCCCAUUAGUCUUACUGUUGCCAAAUGUUGGGACCCAUCUCCCCGAAGCUACUUCACCAUCCCUCGUGCUGAGCCAGUGAGACCCAUUGAUCCUGCAGCCUGGAUUUCACACACAACAGCCCUAACUGCACCUUACCCUCACUAUGAGUUUGAUGACUUGCCUCUGUCUGUAAGUAAAACAGAUAUGGCAACUAUUGUCAAAGUGAUGCAGUUGCCUGAUUCUGGCCUAGAGAUUCGAGACAGGAUGUGGUUGAAGAUCACCAUUGCAAAUGCUGUUAUAGGUGCUGAUGUAGUGGACUGGCUGUACUCCAGAGUGGAAGGAUUCAAGGAUAGGCGCGAUGCGAGGAAGUACGCGAGCAGUCUGUUGAAGCACGGUUACUUGAGACACACUGUCAAUAAGAUCACCUUCUCUGAACAGUGCUACUAUACCUUUGGGGACCUCUGCCAAAACAUGGCCUCACUCAAUUUGAAUGAAGGAUCCAGUGGUGGAGGUUCUGAGCAGGACACUUUGGCACCACUACCUCCCACUAGCAACCCCUGGCCUCUGGGCGGGCAGCCAUUCCCCUACCCUCCUUUCCCCACUGCACCCCCGAGCUUUCCGCCAGGAUACUCAGACCCAUGCCACAGUUUCCACAGUGGGAGCGCAGGCAGCCAACACAGUGAGGGAAGCCGAAGCAGUGGAUCCAACCCCAGCGCAGGCAAAGGUAGACGUUCAUCCCCACAGGAAAAGGGUCAAAGGUCAACAUGCAGUGAAUCAGAGCCAGGAAUCCGCGGAGGGCGGCGUGGUGACAGAUCUGCCAGUCAAAUGAGCCAUCACAGCCACGCCAUCUCUAGCCAAAGUCACGCAAGGUCAAGUCUCAGCCACAGUCAUUCACACAGGAGCCACCCUGUCACACAGAACAACCACCCCCCGUUCACCUACAGCCACGCCGCCUUUACUCAGCCAGCUCCAGGCUCCUGUGCCCAGAGCGAGCGAAGCCAUGCCUCCUCCUACGGCCCCCCAGGCUUGCCUCCCCCUUAUUGUCUGGCCCGUCUGGCCCCCAAGACCUCAUUCAACAGUAGCACGCCUCCUGGAGCCCCACCUGGGAGAGAGUUAGCAGCCGUUCCUCCUGAGCUCACCGCCAGUCGCCAGUCCUUCCAGCAUGCUAUGGGCAAUCCCUGUGAGUUCUUUGUUGACAUCAUGUGACAGAACAGUGCCUUUUUAACUCAGUGAGCACAAAACAGCUCUCCCUGAUCCCUUUCAACCCUGUUCUCCUUUUUCCUCUCAGUCUUUUGACCAUCUCUAAACUUCAGAAUGUAGACACUGACUGGCCCUCUCCACAGCCCCCUGCUGUCUGUCCCUCUGAUGUCCAAGCAAAGGAAUACAGGCAGCAAGAGCACAACAGGAGUAGUCCUCUCGCACACAAGCAGGGGUCCUCUGGCUGAAAACCCUCUUUUGUAUUGACGUGACGUGUACAGUUUGUGAAACGUGAGUGGUAUUCAGUGUACUGAUUUCUGUAAAGAUGCCAUGCAGACAUUUUUGGGAGUGUGUACUCUACCUAGGAUAUUUUCUGUUCUGCGCCUUUAAGCUGGCUGGGCCUGGAUCUCAAUCCCCCAGACCCAGGCCAAUAACUAUGGCCUACGAAUCUUUUUCUGGACAUAAAACUCGGACUGGAACACCUAACUCAUAUUUGUGUAUAAUGCUACAGUUUAGCACAUUACUCUGGCCCCACUCCCCUUAUGUCAAGGCGCUGCCACUGGCGUAUUUAAGCUCUUACCUGCCAACUACUAAUAACGCUAACCUUGAUCAGUUCACAAUCCGAGGAUUUCCAUAAGGGAGACCCUUUAGCCAGCCUUUAGUUCGACUAGGCUGCAUAUUGCAUGACUGUCUCACCUGCUUUAAAGAAAACAUAUUCAUUCAUUUUGUUUAAAGUAUUACCGUUAUUGGGGGAGGAGGUUACCUCUUUCCUGUGUUCUUAAGGAAGAAUCCAUACACUGGAACAUUUUCGUGAUGUUAUUUAUGUGAUCCUUUUGCAUUGAUGGUGUCAUACUUUGUCUACUACGAAUGACUGACUGACAAUCAGGCAUCACUCUUUAUGAAACGGUGGCCAUUUCUCAAUGUCCUAGGUGUGCUUUGUCGAAUGUAUCAUUAUUUCUGUCAGUGAUUAAACCCUGACACCCAUAACACUUAGUUUAAACAUGUUUAAAGAUCAGCAGGAUUGCAAACUUUGGACACUCACAACAGCAAACUGUGAAAGCAAACUCAAAGGUUGAUUAGAUAACGUAGUUUGACAAAAGCAUCAGGUUUGUCUCCUUCAGUUGUGGACUUUGUUGAAAAGUCAGUGUGAUAAAAGCCAAA